GCUCUAUCCUAGAACACUUGAUCGAAUCCGGACACCAAGCAAACCUACAAAGCAACUUCUCAGUUAUCUACACAAUACGUGGGAAUCUUGCCAAAAGAGUACGAAUUAAACUUCUUCAAACUGCAGAAGCAAUGGCAAUUCACAUAUUGAAUCCUGAACUCUGCACACAAAAGAACUUUGUUCAGUCACUAAAUCUACAAUGGUCCUGAUCUAUCUCAACACCAAAUACGUAAUUUUGUCUUACCUCUUUCUUCUUUGUUUGUCUGUUUCUUAAUUGCAUUAUUUUCUACCCCCACCCUCUAUUAAAUCUCUACCCUCACGACGACUGUUGCUAACUCCAUUUUCGUUUAUUUUUAAGUGAAUUCUACUCAGCUUAUCAACUUAACUCUCAUCCAUUUUCAAGUGAAUUCUACUCAGACUAUUAACUUGACUCUCAUUCAUUUUUCAUUGAACCCUAGCAAUUAGAUUACGUCACCCAACCUACUUUUGUAACUUUAUUUUAGUUUCUAACCGAUUAACGCCUUCUAAAUUACGACCAUUGUAGAUUUAGUGACUGAACAAACUUCUUUUGUGUGCAGAGUUCAGGAUUCAAUAUGUGAAUUGCCAUUGCUUCUGCAGUUUGAAGAAGUUUAAUUCGUACUCUUUUGGCAAGAUUCCCACGUAUUGUGUAGAUAACUGAGAAGUUGCUUUGUGGGUUUGCUUGGUGUCCGGAUUCGAUCAAGUGUUCUAGGAUAGAGCUGUGGCGGGGGGAUCUUCUUUCUCCUUUAUAAAACCAUGAAGGUAAGUGUUCACUGAUUCGUUUGGAUAGCAAACGCUGGGUACGGCCGAUAUACCUAGCUCCACAUGAGCAGGUGAAUUGGUAGAUGCACAUUGAUGAGGCCCCCAGUGGAAGCUUGUCCUUCACGUUCGUGCGAAUCAUUGGUUUCGUAGAGAAAUAAAUUCGUCGAAAAAGAGUCUCUUCGCUGCAUCACUUGUUCUGAUUUUCUAUAUGUUACAAUGGGAAUUUUCCAUGAAUUAAAAAAGACGCAGAAAUGUUGGUGUAUCAUUUGAACAUUGUUUUUAUUUAUUAUUAUUAUUAUCGUUACUUUGUUCUUAUCUUAAGUUUUUGUAAGACUAGUAGUUUCCAUUUAAAAUUCCCUUAUCUAUGUGUAUUUUUUGUUUUAGUGUUUUGGUCUAUAAACCGCCUGGGUCUCCUGAUGGCAUAACAUUAACAACUGAAGAUAUUUCGUGCCUUUCACCUGGAGGUCUUUUAAACGACUCAAUAAUCAACUUUUAUUUGAAAUAUUUGUACUUUGAGAAACUGACAAAGUAUCAGAGGCAUGUUACUCACCUGUUCAAUGUGUUUUUCUAUACUCGAUUGACAUGCGAUUAUCCAUCGUCUACGACAAACAGAGAAGAAGUAAUUCGUGCUCGACACGCUGGUGUCGCUCGGUGGACACGUCGAGAUGACGUUUUCAGUAAGGAUUUUAUCAUUAUUCCAAUUAAUGAGAAAAUUCACUGGAUUGUUGGUAUUGUUUGCUAUCCUUGGAUGGUGGGAAUGCCCAAGGAUGUGCAUGCGGAUGAAGUUGUUGGCCAGUGCCCAUUGAUGGAAGAAUUUUCUGACGUCGAAUAUAUUAAAUUUCCUCAAAGUUUAGAUUUAUCCACUAUUUAUGAAGAAUCGGUGCACAGAAUUCCUAUAGAUGUUCAACGUGAAGCAUUUAAUCGUUGGAGACGAAGACGUUUAGCCUGGCUCCGGAAGAAUGGUUACAAUCCGAAGUACGUGAUUUGUCUUCUUAUGUUGUCUGUACCUGUUCAUUUUGUAGAGAAGUGACAAAUCAAUCUGUUCUAUUGUUGAACACAGUCAUGACAAAUUCUGAUUUUCUUUUACUUUAAAACAUGAAAAUAAUUGAAUGGGUGUGUGUGUGUGCAUGUGUGAUAAUGCAUUUAUUUAUUUAUU